GCACUGGAGCCGCUUUAGGAAUCCAGUCCAAAUGUUUUCCAUAUUAGUUCAGAGCCUUCUCUGUUUCCAAAUAGCAGCCGAGCUGGGCUUAUGGUGAGAGGAGGCCUUGGCAGGGAGGGGAAGGGAGGGGAGAGAGGCAGACGGCAGGCAGGCUUAUCCACCUCAAACACUGUAACAGUAAAAGUCGAGAGUGCAGAAAGGGAAAAAGAGUGUCAAGAAAAGAGGAGAAAUGGGGCAGGGACAGAAAGGUUCCUCAGACAAGGAGGGCAACAAGAAGAAGAGAGAUGAAAGCCCAGCGCCAGAGGACGGCCAAAAAUGCAGAGUCUGUCGCUUCCCUCUGCUCGUCGCCCUGCUCCAGCUGCUGUUGGGGGUGGCCGUCACAGUCGUGGCCUUCCUUAUGUUGGCCAUCAGCCCCUCACUCCUGGCCAGGGAGACGCCACACUGGGCUGGAAUCAUUCUGUGUUUAGUUUCCAUCCUGGGCUUUAUCUUGUACUGUAUCACCUACCUCCCUGAUGAGAGAACGUCUAUGCAAUUCAUUGGCAAGCUCCUGUACUUCGUCCUGUGUACAAUCGGCCUGGUUGUUUCAGUGCUGGCUAUGUCGUUCGCUGGACACCACUACACACAGACCAGUAGCUUCAGAUGUGAGCAGGCGGGAGAGGACUGCGUGUGCACACUGGAUCAGGAUAAAAAUGACCCAAUAGCCCGCACCUUCACCUACAAGGGAGUGAGCGACUGCGAGGUGAUCACCGGGACGCUCACACUCUACUUCCUGCUGCAGAUCGUGCUGAACCUGGCCCAAGCACUCGUGUGUGCCAUCGGUGCCUUCAUCAUGUGGAAACACCGUUACCAGGUCUUUUUCGCUGGCCUUCAGAUUGGCUCUCCCUCCUCCAAGCAGUGGCAGAAGGUUUAACGCGAUGAUGAUGACAUGUUGAUGGGAUGACUCUGAUCAGUCACAUCAGGUUGGAGGGAAAAGCCAAGUGUGUGAUUACACUCUGAGGGAUGGGGACAUUUUAGUGUGUGCCUAAGUGUGUUUUCUUUGAUAUCAAUUUAUAUUAACCUUUUGUGGUACUUGUUCCAUAAUGGCUUUUUGUACACAUUUUGUAUAGCCUACCAUAUAAGUAACUUUAUACGUCCAGUUGCAAAUCUUAUAAAAGAAAAUGAAUCGAUGAAGAGGAGCAAAACAACUGGCCUAUUUUUGAAAGCAAUUGUGUUCCACAAUAAUGAUUUUUUUCACAAUGUUUUCUAAUUGUCUCGAUAUUUGCUCUCCCGACAUACAACUCAUUGACAAUUGCUUGACAAAUAAUAAGCACAACACUGAAACCAAAAACAGCUCAUUUGUUAUGCACUAAACUCCAAAAAUGUAGCUACAUGGUCUUGCAAAAUUUCCUUUUGGUUUGGUUAGUGGCUCCAGUAAUGCUAGUAGGUGGCAAACUGAAUCACUGUGCUGUCAAAUUAUGGUUUGCAAAUGGUAAAUGACACCUCCUCAAGCUUUGUUUUUACAGCUUUCACACAGUACACUUUCAAAUAUUGUCUUAAUGCAGUAAUACAUAUUAGUAAGGCAUCCUGUCAUCUUCAUUUCAAAAUAAUUCUGUAUUAGUUUAUAACUUUACAAUAAGAAUAUUUAUUGAAUUUAAACAUUACAUUUUUUAGUUUUUAACUAUAAUUUGCACCUGCCUCUUGUAACUUGUUUUCAGCGUUUGACAUACAAAAGCAACUAGGUGGAUUCAUUCCAUGAAUAACCUUUGUUUUGAUCCUUUUUCUACUAUAUACACUAAAUAUUGCAUACAAUCUUUGAUGAAACUAAUAAAGUACUUUCAGCUGAUAGAAGUAACCCCGGUAAUACUCCAAACAGUCCAAUUAUAUGCACUAAAAACAGAUUCUGACAGCAGUAACACAAGCUGGGCAGGGCACACUUCAUGAGACUGGAUCCAGACAGAACUGGGCUGUGGCUUGCAAAGGUGGAUGCCAGGCCAGUAGCCAGCAUGACUCAAACAGCCUGUAGGAGUCAAACUACUGCAACCACAAAGGGAGGGGGAAAGGGGCCAGGGUGAGGAAAGGGGGGACUCAGACAGGCAGCUGGAACUCAUCUGAUUGUGUUUAUGGUGUUUCAGUUGUUUGCAUUUAGGCUGGACAGGAUUCAGGACAGGGCAAAAACAACCACAACAUUGCAGGUUUGUAUUUUUAAAAUGCUUUGCCCUAUGCAGAGGUUCAGCUUUAUUUUAUUCUUACUCUUAUCUCAGGUGCCGACAGCAGUCUACACCUACAGUCUACAGUAUAUAGUUUCUGCAGCAAAUUAAAUGAACCCUGUGCCCAGGGGGAAAGUGUAGUGUGCGUUGUUACAUCUAUUUUGUCAAUGAUGGGAAAAAAGGUUGGUUGACUGGGGGUGAUUAAAAUACUGUUUGUUUUUCACAGAAGGAUGUGGUGUUUGAGAAAGGAGCAUUUCAUUUGAAUGAAAAAAUGUGCCAAUAAGAGCAUUUCCUCUUUUAAGGACUUUCGCACCACUGUUUGUGGUUACAAAUACAAAUCUUUGUCUAA